AUAAGCUUAUAUGUUAUAUGAAACAUCCUAUAUAAUAAAAAAAUAUUUUUAUAAAGCUUAUCUUGGAAUUUAAGGCAACAUCUUUUCAAAUUGUGAUAAACACCUAACGUGUAGUAUUUUGAUGUUUAAAUAGAAUUCUACAUCAGAAUGUAAACUCAUUUCCCAGUGGGAGUAUUUGAUAUGCAGCUCUAUCGAAUUGGAAUGUUAUCUAGCCAAACCACUUCAAUUGUUAGAUAAUCGCAAUAUAUACCAUACAAAUCUUUAAUUAGGUUUAUCGAAGUCCAACAUUGUAAUGAGCAACAUCGGAAGAUAAAUGAGCACAAAAUGGUGAAAUACGUCAUUAUUAUAUUUAUCACGCUUCAGCUGGUUCAGCCAUUUUAUGCCUAUCGCUACAAACUUCACAAGCCUCCGAAACGGUAUCCAAUACCGCAGGAUGCGGACGAUCCGCUGAUUUUAACUCCGUUCCUGGAACAAAAUCAAAUUCUAGAAGCGCAACAAGCUGCUGUGGUAAACUACGCUGGAUUUAAAAACAUCACUAGUUAUUCCGGAUUCUUUACGGUGGAUAAGAGAUUUAACUCUAACCAUUUCUUUUGGUUCUUUCCUUCUGAGAACGACUACAAAAAUGACCCGGUAGUGUUGUGGUUACAGGGUGGCCCAGGAGCAUCUAGUUUAUUCGCCCUCUUCAACGAAAAUGGUCCCUUUAUUAUCGGAGAAGAUUUAAAUGUGACCAUCAGGGACGUUUACUGGUCGCAGUCGCAUUCAGUACUUUACAUUGACAAUCCGGUAGGUACCGGCUUCAGUUUUAACGACGAGGGUGGGUAUGCACAAAACGAGACUAAAGUGGGUAGUGAUUUAUACAGUUCCGUAACCCAGUUCUUUACCUUAUUUCCUGAGCUACAAGCGAACGAAUUUUACAUCUCCGGCGAAUCGUACGCUGGAAAAUAUGUGCCUGCUCUAGCGUAUACGAUACACAAAAAUAAUCCCACUGCUGAUCUGAAAAUAAAUCUAAAUGGUUUGCUGAUCGGAAACGGCUGGACGGAUCCUUAUAAUCAGCUCGACUACGGUGAGUUCUUGUACCAAGUAGGAUUAUAUGACGAAAGCCAAAAAGAAGUUCUGGACGGGUACAAGGUCUUAGCUCAGAAAUAUAUAGAUGAGGGAGAUUAUCUAAGAGCAACAAAUUACACUGACUUUGCCAUAUUGGGUGAUAUCGCCACCGUAACAGGAAUUCCAAAUGUGUACAACUUUGCCGAUGUUGAUUCCGCACCUCUCGACGGUCCGUACGAGGAAUUUGUUCAGACAGUUGCGCGAUCGUCGAUACACGUAGGUGAUAUAGGAUUUGGCGACGAUGAAGUUUACGAUAACCUUGAAGCAGACAGUAGUCAAAAUGUAGCGCCUUGGUUGGCUGAACUGCUCAGCUACUACCGCGUGUUAAUAUUCGUCGGACAAUUGGAUACCGUUUGUCCUUAUCCAGGAGUUGUCAACUACCUUAAACAGUUGAACUUUAGCGCUGCAGCAGAGUAUAAAUCGGCUUCAAGGGAAGUAUGGUUUGUUGAUAACGAUGUGGCAGGGUAUUAUAAACGUGCUGGAAAUUUAACGGAACUGCUCGUUAGAAGCGCAGGCCAUAUGGUACCGACUGACCAACCAGAAUGGGCGUUCAAUUUCUUAUAUAGGUUUACGAGAGGAUUGUCCUUGAAUGAUGAUAGCAAACCUGUUAAAGUUUUGUAGAAAAUAAAAACGAAUC